AUGAAUAAUUUCAGUAGGUUAUGUCCAGACAUCAUUCUAACUCACAUUCUUCCACGCCUCGGCGGUGAAACCUUGAUCAUGUUAUCCUCAGUGUCUUCUGAAUUCCGCCACAUGAUCUGCAACGACAACGAGGAUCUAUGGUGGAACACUUGCACCUCCACCUGGCCUUCCUUGCUUUGUAUUCCUAUUCAGAAGAUCAUCUCCAAGUUCUUCAGUGGUUAUCGUUCUUUCUUCUCCGACGCGUUCCCUGCCAUUCACCAUCGUAAUCAUUAUACUCCUCCUCCUCAGGAGUAUAGUUUCAUCUGCCUCUUUCAUGUAUGUUUACAGGGAGAACGAGAACCUUUGUUUGCAUCUAUUGACCUUAACAUCAUAAAAGAAUGUUACCCGGAUGUUCCUUAUAAAGUAUAUAGUAAGUAUGAUUCCCCGUGGGGUAAUUUGAAUUUUAAAUAUAUGCAUGUGAAGGAAGAAGGGUGUGAGGAAUACUUGAAAGAAAAUUUGAGGUUGAGUUGGGUGGUUAUCGAGACUCAUCAAAAGCGUGCAGGGAGCUUGUUUUGUUCUAGUGUUAAACCUGUUUCAGUUGAACAUGUUUCAGCCUCUUUAGAGACUAAGGUAGUGUACGAGACCAUGAUGCCGGGGCUAUCUGAGGAUUAUACGGAGAUGGUGAAGUGUAAGGUGAAGGUCACGUGCCAUCGGAAAGGUGGAGAUGAUGGGUUCUACGUGAAUAAUCUUGAGCUUCAAAUGAAAGACAUGAAUGGAAAAUCUGUGUGGGAGAAACACGGUACCAAAGUUUUGCUGAAUGUUAUUGAAAAUGGGGAGAGGAAGAAGAAAGAACGUUGA